AUUCCUACGUUUCACAAAUUCAACAAAAUCCAAAUCAUUUAAUAUUACAGUACAAAUGUACAAUCCCACCAAAAGAGAGAAGCUGGAAUUUAAGUUAUGAUUUCUCACUUCACCUGCAAAGAAUCUACAUUUGCAGAAAAUAGCUCUGUAUUUCUCUGUCUCAACUCAUACAAAUAAAAAUCAAAUCUUGUUUACAUUCUCUUCCAAAUCUCAAAAAUCCCAUUCUUUCGAUCCAAUUUCCCUAUAAAAUCGAAAUAAAAAUCAAAUCUUGAUCAUCGAAUUUCAAAAUGGCACCGAAAUUCCUCCCUCUGAGAUGGGAGAGCACCGGCGAUCAAUGGUGGUUCGCUUCCCCCAUCGACUGCGCCGCCGCCAACGGCCACUACGACCUCGUCCGUGAGCUCCUCCACCUCGACCCCAAUCUCCUCAUCAAGCUCACCUCGCUCCCCCGAAUCCGCCGCCUCGAAUCCGUCUGGGACGACGAGUUCUCCGGCGUCUCCAAAUGCCGGUCGGCCGUCGCGAGAGAACUCCUCCGCGACUGCGAGAACGGGGCCCACAAUUCCCUAAUCCGAGCCGGCUACGGCGGCUGGCUCCUCUACUCCGCUGCCGCGGCGGGGGAUUUGGAAUUUGUGAAGGAGCUCUUGGAGAGGGACAGCCUCUUGGUCUUCGGGGAAGGGGAGUAUGGGAUCACGGAUAUCUUCUACGCCGCCGCGCGCGGCGGCGCCGCGGAGGUUUUCCGGCUGAUUUUCGAUUCCGCGAUGGCGGAGAAGGGGAGGCGCGGGGAGGUCUCGCCGGUUUUCAAGUGGGAGAUGAUGAAUCGGGCCGUCCACGCGGCGGCGAGAGGCGGCGCCGCCGCGGUGCUGGAGGAGCUUUUGGGUGAUGGUGAGGAUGUUUUGGGAUUUAGGGAUUCGCUGGGCUCCACCGUGCUCCACGCCGCCGCCGGCCGAGGCCAAAUUCAGAUAGUAAAAAACUUGAUAUCCUCCUACGACAUCAUCGACUCCGAGGAUGAUCGAGGCAACACGGCGUUGAACGUCGCGGCCUAUCGCGGCCAUCUAGCCGUGAUGAAGGUGCUCGUCUCGGCCUCGCCUUCGUCUGCAAUGCGCACCAACAACUGCGGCGACACCUUCCUUCACAUGGCGGUCGCGGGCUUCCACACGCCGAGCUUUAGGCGUGUGGACCGGCAGAUGGAGCUGAUGAGGGAGAUAGUUGGUGGAGACCUCGUACGAAUCGAAGAGAUCGUCAAUGUCCAAAACAACGAUGGCCGAACUGCUCUGCACAUGGCUGUGGUUGAGAACAUUCAAUCUGAUGUUGUUGAGAUGUUGCUUUCGGUUAGGUACAUAGAUGUGAACCUUGCUGAUGGUGAUGGGAACACUCCUCUUGAUCUUCUCAAGCAACGGCCGAGAUCGGCCUCGUCUGAGAUCUUGAUCAGGAGGCUGGUCUCGGCCGGAGGGGUGUGCGGGCGUGAGGAUGGCGCGGUGAGGAGUGCUCACUUGAGGAUGCGUGGGAUCGGAGGAAGUCCCGGGACUUCCUUCCGGAUCCCGGAUGCGGAGAUCGUGUUGUACACCGGGUUCGAGCACGGAGCGUACUAUAGCUCCGAGCUCGUGAGCGCUGAUUGUGGCUACUCGGACGAGAAUUUGUCCACGCCUCGACCUAGCUCGUCCAAGCUCAAGAAAUCGAGUUCUAUGACUAGUGCAACGAGCCGUCUCAAGAUCAUGCUCCGCCGAGGCCGGCGGAGAAGUGUCGGUGUCUCGUCUCCGAGCAUCGACAGUGGCUGUUCCACCGAGUCACGCGGAAUCCAACGGAGCACGAAAAACUGCCCUGUUUCGCUCAGAGAGCAGUUUUCAACGCCAAGUAACAAGAGGAUUCUGUCUGUGCAGGAGAGUGUUCUUAGUCCUUCCUCGAAGAAGAAAUUUGGUGUAGGGUUGCCACACAAUGCUCGGCAGGUGCUUCCGAAAUCGAACCUCGGUUCGCCAUGCAGUGCCUUGUCCCAUUCGUCGUGGUCGUCUCCGGUCGUGAGUGUCGAUUUUGGUAGCGCAGGGCCCUCGAGCUUGAACGAGUCCCCCUACUUCAACGAAGAACCGGUCAAGAUGAAGCUGAAGAAGCGUAGCUCGUUCAACUUGGGGUUGAUGAACAACUACUUCUGCUUUGGUGGUCAUGGCCUCGCGAUCGAGAACUCGAUCAAAGCGCAAGGACGAAGAAUGGAGAAACAGCGAAGUUUAGUUGAUGUGGUGUAGUCAAAACUCGAGGGUCAUUUCAGUCAAGAGGUCGUCCGCAUCCUACGGCAUAAUUUAAUUGGUCUCAUUGGAAAGUCAGGGCUUAAACUCGAGGGUUAUUUCAAUCAUGAGGGUUAUUUCAAUCAUGAGGUCGUCACGUCACCAACUAUAGUUAAUAAGGGUCUCUCCUAUUAGGCGAAGGACAUAGUUUAGCUGGUGUUUUGUAGUAAUUGUUACUUGGGCAUGAACUCGAGAUUAUUCAGUCAUGAAAUCGUCAUAUAUGUCACACCGACUAUAGUUGUUAUGCCAUCCAAACACCAAUAUAUCUUGUUUUCAAAUACCCA